AAGCAGACUCAAAAGAACAACAUGACGUUCAGUACGACAUUUAAAUCAAAUAAGAAACUUGUGUUUUGGUCAUUGAUUUUUGCUGUCACAAUAUUUUACCUUACAUCGACAAAAUUGUUCGGAUGGCAGAUUUUGUGCCCUGGAUACACAAAUGAGGUCGAAACGUUUACUGCUACUGAUUUCAAGUAUUAUGAAAAAUACAUAAAGUAUAAAGGCCUAGAUUUUGGAAAAUCUCUUGCUUAUUUGCCGAAAUCUACAGUGGAAAUAAUCAACAAUAAAUCAGCUACGUUUACUACUGGUGAUAUUAUAACACUUAGAAUAAUCCUCCAUAAUAAAAAUGGUGACGUUGUAACUGAAAGUGGUGACUUUCUAAAAGUUUGGAUGUCUGAGAAAGGGAAAGGCGCAGGUUCAGCGGGGUAUAUAGUAGAUCAUGGUAAUGGUACGUAUAUCGGAGUGAUAAAAGCAUUAUGGAGAGGAUCUCCGCACAUCAAAAUUUCAUUGUCAUUUUCAAAAGAAUCUAUUGGACUGUAUGUAAACUACAUACAUAGAAAUGGAAUGUUGAGGGCUGUUAAAGGGAUUUUUAAGAAUGCACGUGGAGAAAUUGGUAAAGGUUCAUGUGGGAUACACACACUAACAAACAUAACUAACAGCAUCUGUGACUUUACAUCAUUAAAUUAUGGAAUGCGAUGGUUUUGUUUAUUACCAAAUGCAACCGGGUUUGAUUGUUCAGACUGGUAUUCCGUGACUGGAGAUAUGACGGUACCUACAUUUACAAAUGCACAGCAGCAGUUCUUAAGUACUGCUAGAUAUAAAAUCAUAAAGGAAAUUAAAGUUGAUGUACUUGGUGAUAAAACCAUAGGUCAUCCAAAGCACUCGUGUAGUCUAAUAAAUCCUUCACUCACAUGGAACAUUUCGUCCCCAGUUGGAUAUUUUUAUAAUAAAACGUGGCAUAAUCUCUUAUGUCAAAAAAAAGUUGAACCAAGUUUUAACAGGUAUUUAGCCUGUCUAAGAAACCGGGAGAUUUACAUGGUUGGAGAUUCUACAUCGCGAGAUUGGCUUAUAUCACUUGCUGAUAUUUUAGAUGUUAAACGGACAUCAGCUGAUCUAAGAGGUCAUCAUGAACCAAUCAAAGUUUUCAGUAAAAAUAAGAGAGACAACAUUACUAUUAUAUGGGUUGCGCAUGAGUUCCCAUUUUUCACCUAUACACCGAAUGGGACAAUACAUCAUUUUAAACCAGCAAGCUAUCAUCUUAACGUAAUACGUUCUAAAAAUCCGAUCGUAAUACUGCAUUGGUUUAUACAUAUAGGUUAUGCUCCAUUGUCAGUUUAUGAAGAACAUGUAAUGAACGCCAAAGACGCUAUAGUUAAAUUCAUGGAUCGUGUGCCUGGUGCAAAAGUAUUCAUUAAAGGUCCACAUUACUUUGAACAAUACGCUGAAGGCGUUCCAUAUGAUUUUGUGAGAUAUUUCCACGAUAAAAUGAUAUUCAAAAUUUUCGACAAUAUCAAACAUAAAGUUGUGUAUUUGAAUGAAUGGGAUAUCACAGUUUCUUCAGAAAAUAAAGAAUUACACCCGUCUACAGAAUUAAGAAAACCAAUGUUACAUGAACUACUGUCAUAUAUUUGUUAAUCUUUUCAACUUACAGACUAUCCUCCUAUAUAUUAUUAUAUAACGUAUUAUAAUAAAACUGUUUUAUUUUAUGGAUAUAUAUGGAACGCCAUAGCUGUCCUAUGUGAUAGUAUUUAUUAUGUGAUGGUGGGUUUUGCAUAACAUGAUGUGGGUUUGUUAUUAUAAGCUGUGGGUUUGUCAUUAUGUGCUGUGGAUUUAUCAUUAUAUGCUGCAGGUUUAUUAUUAUAUGCUGUGGGUUUGUUAUUAUAUGCUGUUGGUUUGUUAUUAUAUGGUGUGGGUUUGUUAUUAUAUGCUGUGUUUUUUUUUUAUUAUAAGCUGAAUUCUUAUUUGAAUUCUUAUUGAUUAUCCCGAACUAACUAUUUUUUGGGGAAAAUCAUUCAAAUUAGUUUAUAUGGUUAAGUCAUUAACUAUCAUAUUCAAGAUAUGUCAGAUCCCAAUAUAUUUAUACCACAGAUAAUACAAUCAAAAAUUUUGAAGUGAAAGAAUAUAUAGUAAUUUUAAGUCAAAUAAAUAUGAUACCAUAAAAAAUGUAUGAUACGAAUAUCUGUCGUAAUAAACAAAUAUUUUUUGAAAUAUCAAAUUAAACUAUUGUUUCGGUUAUUCAUGGUCUGACUAUGAUGUAUGUAAAUAGAAAGGAUAAUUGUGAAUUUUAGUUUAUUCUAUUUUUAGAAUCAAACUAUUCUUCGCAAAUGAGCAUUGUUUAUAGUGGUUUCCUCUUGGCACCUUUCGACGUAACUAUUAUCCAUGUCCGAAAAAAGAGAAAGUAAAGGUUCACUGCAUAUUAUAUCCCUCAAAACAACAACUGAUAUU